AUGUCCGAAUCUAGAGGAAGAGGAAGGGCGCGUGGUCGGGCCGGCAGAGGCGGUGAUAACGCCGGUCCACCUCCGCGCAGACCUGGCGAACCACCGAGGCCUGGUCCCCAACAACUAAUCCCUACAGGUCCUCGCCCACAGCCCCCUACACCAUGGGGUCCUCCUACCGCGCAAGCUGGCAGAGCUUCGCAUAGAUCAACUCCGUCUACUCAUCAAGAGCAUCCUGGUGAUGUAGACAUACAGCAGAGAAUGCAAGCGAUGCAGAUUGCUUCAACAUCGCAACCAACUGCUGCUGGCGAACCAGGUACCGGGGUAAUCGGGCGUGGCUCACGUCGUGGUGGUGGCAGGGUGCUGCCAGAGCAAACGAUGAUUUUGCGUACACGCCCCAGUGUCAUUGAAUCUAAAAAGGGUACUUCUGGCACUGUCAUUGACCUAAGGAGCAAUUAUUUUUUGGUCAAAACUACGCCACAGUGGCGUCUUUACCAGUAUCAUGUUGAUUUUUCACCGGAUGAGGACAGUACCUUCAUCCGUAGGGCACUUCUGCGUGUACAUGCUAAAACUCUGGGCGGUUAUUUGUUUGAUGGGUCUGUGUUGUACACAGUCAAGAGAUUACACCCUGAGCCCCUAAUGUUGUACUCUGACAGAAAGACAGAUGACCAAAGGAUGACAAUGUUGAUAAAGCUCACAUGUGAUGUCAGCCCUGGAGACUACCAUUACAUUCAGAUAUUCAAUAUCAUCAUUAGAAAAUGCUUCCAAAUAUUGGAUCUGCAAUUGAUGGGCAGAGAUUAUUUUGAUUCAGAGGCAAAGGUUGAUAUUCCUGAAUAUCGUUUACAAGUGUGGCCUGGAUAUAAAACGACUAUCAACCAGUAUGAAGACCGUCUGUUAAUGGUUACUGAAAUUACUCACAAAGUUCUUCGACUAGAUACCGUGCUGCAAAUGUUAGGUGAUUAUGCUGCAAGUAAAGGAGGAAAUUAUAAAAAGAUAUUUUUAGAAGAUAUUGUGGGAAAGAUAGUCAUGACCGUAUACAAUAAGAAGACAUACAGAGUGGAUGAUGUUUCGUGGCAAGUGUCGCCAAAGUCUACAUUCAAAAUGAGAGAUGAGACCAUUACUUACAUGGAUUAUUAUAAAAAGAAAUACAAGAUCACUAUUCACGAUACUGCGCAGCCUUUGUUGAUCUCUCGAUCCAAGCCACGUGAUAUCCGUGCUGGAAUGCCUGAAUUAGUAUAUUUAAUACCAGAGCUAUGCCGUCAGACAGGUCUUACGGAUGAAAUGCGUUCCAACUUCAAACUGAUGAAGGCUCUGGAUGCUCACACUAAGAUUGGGCCAGAUGUUCGCAUACAAAAGCUGAUGGCAUUCAACCAAAGACUGACAAGAAAUCCUGAAGUGGUUAAGGAAAUGGGUGAUUGGGCCCUUACUUUAUCAAAUGAACUGAUCAAGAUCAAAGGUCGUCAACUGCCACCAGAAAACAUUAUUCAAGGCAAUAACAGUCGUUACCCAGCUGGAGACACUACUGAGGGGUGGACCCGGGAUAUGCGAUCGAAGCCCCUGUUGGAAAUUGCUCAACUGCCGUCAUGGGUGGUAAUAACUCCAGAGAGGCAGCGCCGUGACGCUGAAGGCUUUGUAGACUUGAUUAUGAAGACAGGUGGAGGUGUAGGUUUCCGUAUGCCUCGACCAGAAGUAGUUACUAUCCGGAAUGAUAGUGCCAUUGAAUACGCAAAUGCCUGCGAGAACGCCAUUGCGCGAAAAAAUCCUGCAAUGAUACUGGUUGUUUUAGCACGAAAAGUUACUGAUCGCUAUGAGGCGAUUAAGAAGAAGUGUACGGUGGACCGUGCUGUCCCAACGCAGGUUGUUUGCGCACGAAACAUGACAGCCAACUCGGCUAUGUCUAUUGCCACUAAAGUAGCUAUCCAGAUUAACUGCAAGCUUGGUGGUGCUCCAUGGAGAGUAGACAUACCUCUUCAAAGCAUACUCGUUAUAGGUUACGAUGUAUGCCACGACACACGCUCCAAGGAGAAGAGUUUUGGCGGAUUUGUUGCUUCAUUGGAUCGCUACUUGACGCGUUACUUUUCAGCAGUGAACUCUCAUACCUCUGGAGAAGAAUUGAGCUCGCACAUGAGCUUUAAUGUUGGCUCAGCCCUCAAGAAGUUCAGAGAGAUUAAUGGAGCAUUGCCAAACAGGAUUUUUAUAUAUCGUGAUGGCGUCGGUGAUGGACAAAUCCCUUAUGUUCACUCUCAUGAGGUGGAAGAGAUAAAAAAGAAGUUGGCUGAAGUAUAUGCUGGUGCAGAAUAUAAAAUGGCGUUUAUAAUUGUAUCGAAACGCAUCAACACUCGCAUCUUCUUGGAUCGUGGACGUGGCGAGAACCCACGCCCCGGUACCGUCGUCGACGACGUAGUCACACAACCAGAGCGCUACGAUUUUUAUUUGGUGUCACAAAAUGUGCGCGAGGGAACUAUUUCGCCCACUUCAUACAAUGUAAUUCAAGAUACCACGGGAUUGCAUCCCGACCGGAUGCAAUGGCUGACAUAUAAAUUGACCCAUCUGUACUACAAUUGUUCUUCGCAAGUACGUGUGCCCGCCGUGUGCCAGUAUGCACACAAGCUCGCGUUCUUGGCGGCCAACAGCCUCCACAGCCAGCCCCAUUAUUCUCUAACUGACACAUUAUAUUUCCUGUAA